UGUCUUCUGUUUGUUAAAGCGGUUUAAAGGACGCAGGAUGCAAUGCUGUACAAAAACAAUAAAAUCUAUUGAAUGAAAAGUAACAGUAUAUACGCUGCUCUCUAAAUAUUUAUCAUGUUUUUUCAAAGUUUUUGAAGAGGUUUACUGUCACAAUGCGGCUGAGAGCCCCGAGGGUGAAGGUUAAACCAGCGCUGUUCUUCCUACUCGUAUCAUCCUCAGUCUUGUUUUACAUUGCUGUAGACGUGCCCAUUGCGUAUCCUAUGCCACAACAAUGCGAGCCUUUCCCUUUGGAGAAAGCUGCAGCUAUGAGAAGUCUAUAUAAGAAGAAAGGACAAUGGGAUGCAGCCAAAAAAAUUAAGAAACUUGCCAAGAAAUGCCUGCCUCCAGACCACACAUUGAUGAUUUACGCAGCGAAUAACACACCGGAAAAUCUUGAUUUUAAACAAGGUUUCAAUGUUUUUGAAUAUGUCAAUUUUCUUUUUGAUGGAAAGACUGGAAUGCCGGCUGAAAUGGAGGCCAACUUUGAAACUGUACGCCCACAAAAGAAAUGUGCAGUGAUAGGAAAUAGUGGAAUAUUACUUGGCAGUGGAUGCGGUAAGGAGAUUGACACUCAGUAUGAUUUUGUUAUGCGAUCAAAUAUCGCACCCAUAAAACAAUUCGCAAAAGAUGUUGGAAUAAAAACAAAUUUUACAAUUAUCAAUUUAGAAACAGUAAGAACACUUUAUAAUCUACUUGCUCGUGAUAAAUCAGAUCCAGAGACUUUGGCAGCAGUUGAGAAAAUUAGAUUUUUAAAUGAUUCCAUAGUUUGGUAUCCCAAAGGAGUACGCUUUCGGUUUUACGCUCGAAUGAGGCUGCAAACAGUUGCGAGAAAGUUGAAAGAUGAGUACAAGCUACUUAUUCGCAUUGGAUACAGUUGGCGAACAUUGGCAGCAAUAAUCAAAUGGUUUUGGUCCUUAGAUGAGUACUACACAACAACUGGUCUUAAUCUUUACACAAUAGCGACUACUUUCUGCGAUGAGAUUACUCUGUAUGGCUUCUAUCCAUUCCACGUCGAUAGUAACGGUCGCAGCAUCCAAUACCAUUAUUACGAAGAUAUUCCCUACAAGUAUGAAAACAAUGUCCACGAUUUCCCUGCAGAAUUCCGUCAUCUGAAAGAACUUGAAAGUAUUGGCGGGCUUAAGUUGGUUACAAGUAAAUGUAAGCAGCCGGAGUAAGUCUACAGUGUAUGAUAUAGAUG